AUGGAGCAUUUCGAGUUAAAAACUGACAGAAAACCAAAGCUUUCGGAAAACAUUUUAGAACUUAAGUUUAUGCAAAGGCAGCAAGAAAAAGCUUUGCGUGAAAAAUUGGAAAGAGAACGUUCUAGAGCCCUUGGGGAAUCUCAAUGGAUUGCAUUUUACGAUGAACUUGAAGUUGGAAAACCUAAAUUUAAUGUGGAGUAUUUGCCAAGUUAUCUAUCUUUUGCAACACCUGAAGUAAGAAACGGACGAUUGUCUUUUGGACGUUCCAAAAAAGGUAAUAAGAAGAGAGCUCCGACUACAAUAGAAGAACCUAAUGGAUCAUCAAGAAGCUCUAUAAAAAGAGCGAGCAUUGACAACAGUAUACAGGAAGAUUUUGAAGCAUUGAAAAAGUUUGAAAAGUUUGAAGAAUUAGGAAAAUUAGAAGAAUUGGGAGAAGAAUUGGAAGAAGGAGAAAUUCCACAAAAAAUUACAAAAAUUGAAAAUAGCGAAUUUAAAAGAAGAUCUAUUGGAUUUUUAAAACCACCAGAAUAA